AUGAAGUGCCAAAUAGUAUUGUUUACUUUGUCACUCCUUUGGAAUUGUGCGGUUUCAGAGACAUGCGUGACACCGCUUGGGGCGAGCAGCACGUGUAAAUCCCUCUACGACUGUAAGACUCUGCUGUCCGCCUUUGAACAACGUCCGUUAAGGAACGACGUAGUUAGCUUCCUAAGACAAUCGCAAUGCGGAUUCGAGGGCUAUGUCCCGAGAGUGUGCUGCGGUCCGCUGCCUAGUCAGAAGCCAACUACCACGGCUGCACCUCAGACGACAAAACCAACAUUAAUAUUUGGUGGAGCCGUCGAUCCAGUGUCGUCCGAAGAUUCCUUACCAGCGCCUUCGGGCCAAUGUGGCAAAGACUCGAACGGAGACAGAAUAUAUGGCGGACAAUUUACAGACUUGGGAGAAUUCCCGUGGAUGGCUUUACUUGGAUACCUCACAAAGGAAAAUAAGAUGUCUUAUCAAUGUGGCGGAGUUCUAAUAAAUAAACGAUACGUGCUGACCGCUGCCCAUUGCACGGUUGGAGAGAUAGAAAAUGCGGUUGGGAAAUUACAAUCCGCCCGAUUAGGUGAAUAUGAUAUUCAAACGGACGUGGAUUGUAUUGAUGGUGAAUGCGCCGACCCUCACCAAGAAAUUGCUGUAAUGGCAGCUUAUCCCCAUCCUGGCUUCGUUGAUGGUAAAGUAAAUAGAGAGGAUGAUAUCGCGUUAGUAAGACUAGCCCAACGUGUCAAAUAUACCGAUUUCGUUCAGCCAAUCUGUUUAGUUGAUACUAGCUUGCGUUUGGACGCAGGCACUGACGUUUUUGUAGCUGGCUGGGGAAAGACCUUACUGGGAACUCGCAGCCCGGUAAAACUGAAGCUGGGUAUGCCCAUAUUCAAUAAAUCAGAUUGCUUGAAAAAGUACAAUAAAGUUGGAGCCAUGCUAACGGAUAAGCAGAUAUGCGCUGGCGGUGCAUUCGCUGAAGACGCUUGCAGGGGUUGUGUUUGGAAACCUUACUACAACUUCAGGAAUUUUUGUGGACAACAAUGUGUGACAACAAUCACAAAACAUAAGAUUGUUUAUGAGGCUGAGUUUUCCGAAGAUUUCAAAAGCUGUAAGGGAUUCGAAAAUAAAAAUAUAAAGUGCGAUAGCUUCAAACUUGGCGUGGUAGGUGGUAAUGAAGAGGAAUACAGUAAUCUCGGUGUAAACGGAGAGCUUGAAAUGUUGAGAAGUGUGGAGAACGGUUAUUCGAUAAACUUAGAAGUUUGGAAGCUUUUGGAUAUCGGGAAAGAAUUUUCAUUUGCAUCAGUUGGUGAUAUCUGCAAAAGUAUCAAGAAUGAAGAUGCGCCGUGGUAUCCUCUUAUACAAAGUAUGAAUGUAUCUGAUUGUCCUAUUCCAGCGAAAACUUACUCCAUAUCAGACUUAUUAAUAUCAUUGGAAUUUGCUAAAGAUCUCCUAUGUCUGGAAUUCUGCGGCGAGUACGAGGUGCUGUUUUCGGUGUUGGAUGAGAAAGAAGAACAGUUGUCGUGUUACGUUCUAGGUAUUUCUAUCACUGAAGUUGAAACGGACGAC